UAUAACGGCGGCGUUUCGUUGUAAUUGGCAAUGGCGCGGUAUGGUGUCUUGGUUGAUAGGUGGCGUUCGAUUUCAUGGCGUUCCAAAUAAUUGCAGGCAGCCUCAUCAGCUGUUGUCAGUUGCGGCAGUACAAACAGAAGCGCUGGUAUUAGCCAAUAAUGUAAAUUAAGCAUUUUCUUCCCGUUGCGUUGGAUGGGACAGUAAAAUUUGUCAGUUCAGUGUGAGAGUUAAAAUUUAGGUAUGAACUAAUUACAAAACGUAAAACAUUUAUGUAAAAUUUUGUAAAAAAAAGAAAACUUAAAAUAAAUGACUUCACACGCACAAAAGUUGAACGUGUUUGCCAAACGGCCCAAAAACAAAUGAAUAUGUUAUUAACAGACAAGCUGCAAUUGAUACUAUGACAUGCUGAUACAGCUAACAGACAGUCACACUCAGAGGCACACACACACAUACGCAUACGCACGCACACAAGCGCGCAGAGGCACAUACUUGCGCACGCUCGCUUAGUCAGUUGACCGUUCUGUUAGCAGUCUGGCAGCACUUUGCGAAAUAUAUUCGAUUAGUCGAUAUAAUGCGAGCGAAUGGAAAAACCGCGUCACAACAAUUGCGAUGUUCGAAUUGCGUUUACCUAUACCUAUACUAUAUAAUCAAAUGAAUUAAAUUCAAAGAAAUCUCAACACAAUGGUACCUGUUGCUAAGAAGCCAACACUUCCCACCAAAAGAACACUGCGGUCCACGACUCGCGCACAAAUCAAACCGAAACUGGAAAGUAAAAAUGCAUUCGACGAGCGGAUCAAUGCAACUGCCGAGCAGAGCGAACAGCCAAGCACUUCGAUGGUAUCGACGCGAUCGACAAAAGCCAAAUUGACUAAGAAAAGAAAGGAAGUGGCCAAGAGGCCGGACAGCAAACAAGUGAAACGCAGUCAAACAAAGCAGCUGCUAAUUAAUAACAAUAACAAUAGCAAUGGCAAUAACAAUAACUAUAAUACUAAGAAUAACAACAGCAAUAACAAUAACAAUAACAAGAGCCUGCUUAUGGAACCGCUGCCAAUGAAGCGAUACAAACUGCUAAAGGCUUUUUGCAUGCAAGUGGCCAAGUCGAACGGAGAGCCACAGCAGCCGGCAGCGGACACGGGCUACACGCAACAGCAGCUGCAGCAGUUCCUGUCGAACUCGACGCUCGGCAAGAUUCUGCCGGCGUCCCUGAUCUUUGCCAGCCCGAGCUGUGCUCAGCAUUUGAGGCAAUUGGUUAGGCUGAUCGACGCAUUGGAUGUGGUCCAGCUGGAGGAGCUAUUGGAUCUAUAUCACCUGGCCAUUGCGAUGCAGAACUACGAGCAGCUGUACACCACCCAUAGCCAGGGCCAGCGCUGCGAGCUGCUGCACGCCGUCAGCUCUUUGGCCGCGCAACUGCAGCCGGAAUACAUUGAAUAUAUGGCCAUUUGUCUAUGCGACCGUCUGGUCAUUGGCGCCGGCAAGGAGCGCAUGCAACGUGUCCUCGACAUGCACGGAGCGCUGGUGCAGCUAAUUGCCGACAGCGAUGUUAGUCGCCGCAUUGCCCUGACCAUCCUGCUGGCCACGAUUGCCAAAAUCUCGCGACUCGAGCUGUCCACACGAAACACACGAGAUAUUUUAGCACUCGCCUUUGACAUGGUCAAGCGCGUCGACUGGAUGCGCUUGGUGGUCGAUGGCUGCCAGCCGGAUAUAUUUGCGCUGCUCCGCAGCUUCGCAUUGAUCAUCAAUACGCACCAGAAUGGUUUCGCACAUUCGCUCCAGGAUGUCGGCACCGAGAUUCGCAACUUUUUCAUGCAGCUGUUGCGCAUUUUGCACAUUUCCAGUAAACAUAACAACUUAAUCAUGAUGAUGGAGCGU